AUGAUUCGAACACACUCGACUGCUGACAGUGCUUUCCAGCCUCAUGGUGAAGCAGAGGCCGAACAAGCUUAUCUUAACAGACAUGGUAUCAUUGAUGCAGUCUUGACGGAUGAUGUGGAUGCGCUGGUCUUCGGUGCUCUUCGAGUCAUCAAGAACUCAAGUCUAACGCUUUCUGGAAACGAGUCCAAUCCAGCUUUGGACUCGGAGGGCAAACCCACGCUUGAAGCAGGCGCUGAACGGAACGUUCAACACGCACGUGUGAUGGAGAAUCGUCGCGGUGCUGAAAAAUGCCAUCAUGAUGCUUCCGUAGUGUCGAGUCACUCAGACUCCGAGUCAAGCAACAACCAGCAUGUGCCCCUUUUGAAUCUCGCAAAAAGACCGCCAGACUCGCCUGUGUCUCGAGAGACCAAACGGCGCGCCAUAUCCAACAACUUUUCCGCCACUCAACACGCUGCUAUCCCCAGGGGAAACACUCAUGAAAAGAAUGUACAAGUCCGAGAUCCUUCCAUGUCCGAGUUCGAACGGUGGUCUUUGGCCCAGCGUCAGCGUCGCAAGCGUGAACGCCUCCAGUCUCAGCAACCACCAACCACUGGAACACCUGGAUCGGCUGCUCGUGAACGUGAACCUACUCCUGGAGCCAUGGAAGUUGAUGAACUCCCACCUGUACACCAACAUGAUCAUCGCCCUGAUGGGAUAGACAUUGACCUGCCGCCACAAGCUGCAAAUAUCUUGGAGCCUGUUGACAAUCUCCACAACCAUGUUCCACCUGCUCCGCUGCAAUUUCCUGCCGCAAUUCCACCACAACAGUUUGUUCCUCCUCCUUGUUCGCCCCGAUCUUCCUCUUGCACGACGGCCAUAUGUCGAGCCAAACUCGCAUCACGAUCUAGGCAGAAUGGAUGUUGCAUGCCCCCAUUGUAA